AAAUUAUUGCCUCACAUUCUUGUUCAUCACCAUAUAGUGUCCACCAUGAUACAGACAGCUCCAGCAUUUUUCUUCUCAAGAAAACCUGCUGGUCGCAGGUUCAAAGUUGAGGUGUUGUAACAUGAUUUUACCAUUCCCUUUGGAUGGAGAGAGCAGGAGCAUUGCUCACUUUGUUCCCCUGCCCUUGGGGUGAAAGUGAGAGAGAGAGCAUCACCUAAACUACAGAAUCUAAGACUUGGGGAUUUGGACUCGCCGAGAUGCCGAUCCGUGUUGAUGAUGUGAUGGCACUGCUCAGCCAUGUUGCCAAGGUGAAGGGCAUGAAAGCUGCUGUCACACAUUCUGGCCGAGGAGCUCUGCUGACAGGAGCAUCAGCCUUUUUGGGGGGGCUGCUGGGAGGCCCACCUGGAAUUGCUGUCGGAGGAGCAGUGGGUGGAUUGCUUGGAUGGGUAACUUCUGGAAAGUUCAAGUCAGUCCCUGAGAUUUUAAUGGAAUUGCCUGCUGCUGAGAAGCAGAAACUCUGUGCUGAAGCCAUGGCUGUUGUCAAGAACUUACACUGGACUGAUGCUGCUCAGCUGAUUGGUUUUGUAAUGGCAAAUCCUACUCUCACAGACAAGGUGUUAAAAGUGCUGACCACUUACCUUACCAAUGAAAUAAAAGCACAAAUCAAGUAUGGAGAAUAAUCCUCUGCAGAGCAGGAUUUUUAUGCUGGAACAAAUUUUACUCCGAUAGUUGCAAAUCUUCAACACAACAAUUACUAAUUAUCAGUACUAAUUAUAAAUAUAUGCUGAACUAAGUAAUUCUGGGGUGUUUGGUCUUGGUGUUUGGGGUUUUUUUAAUUUUUAUCAUUAUCAUUUUUUUUUGUGUGGAUUUAUAAAGAUAAUAUUAGGUUACUGCAUUAUCCUGACAUUGACUUGCUCUGUUUUGAGAGUUUUUGAGAGUCUGUUUUGCUCCAAUUUUGGAUUGCUCUGCACUAGGACUGAUUCAAAACACUGAAGGGAAUCAUUCUGCUCUUAGGCCAAUGUGCCACUUGUGAAAAUAUUCAAAUUUUUAGGAGACUUGGUUCUAUUUGUUGAAGUGCUUUGACUUUUUUCCCCCGUGAAUGAUGGAUAAGAUGCCAAAGUAGCUGGGGCACUUUGAAGAAUUUUACCUCUUGUUUGUUUCAGCCCUGCAAAGGAAAGUUUUGUUAUGAAGUAUGUUACUCUACUGUGAAUUUCAAGGACACAAUCCAUACUUUGUUAGUCACAUUUUUAUUGUAAUUCUUGAGUUAUCUUUUUAUGUAAGAAGUGAGCAAAUACUUAAACAAGAUUUCAAGUAACGUGAAAACAAACUGUGAAUACUGUCAAUUCAAUUUUCACCGAGGUCCUGUGCCCUAGAACCAGGAGGGGGUGGCAAGCAUUAAAAAAAUGUGGAGCUGAAUCUUCCAGUUUUACAUUAGUCCCAGGAUUAAGGUUGUCAUUUCAGCAUUGGUUUCUUGAUUGAGUCUGUACAGCUGGUCCUCUGUUUUCAUUAAAGUAUUCAUAAGAAGCCUCAUA